UCUACGUCUAUGUUAGCCCUGCUGAGCGUCGUGUAUAACGGGCCAACCCGGACUUGGUAUCAUUCGAACACCAAGGAGAGCCUACUGUUGUUUUUCCCCCACAAUAUAUUUGCACAGAGAGGCUGUACAAAAAGCGGAGCUUGGCUAGCUUGUCAUAAUUAAAAAGGGCGUUGCUUGACCAAGUUUGAAAUCAAAUCUUAUGGUUUACACCCUUAGCUUAGGCGGACAGCAUCGGCUGGGCAUCAAUGGAGAUACUUUCAAAAACACCCACAGCAGAAUCCUAUCGGCAUAAGGCACCGCGUUCUUCUCCAGCACCUAGCAGGAUGGUGUCUGACACCUUUUCCCUGUCGUCUUAUAAAACCUAUCCUGCUCAUCGAUAUUCCAUCAACGCUCCUGCACGUCACACGCCCCAAACAUUCACUCAGGAUUCAUAUCGUCCAGCAUCACCCAGCAAAGCUCUUCCAGAGAGCAGCAGUGCAGCGAUCUUAUCUGCCUUGAGGAACCUCCAAGAGAAGAUUAGGAGGCUGGAGUUUGAGAAAGAGCAGGCAGAGUUGAGCCUUUGCACUUUAUUGAAGGACGGACGUCUGCAAAGUGACAGCCCUGCGCAGAGACUCCUCACUGAUGAGGACAUAGAAAGAAAAGCAAGUGAGCAGUCGAACUGUAACCAAGUGCUGAUCACCCACCUUGCUGCUGCAGAGAAUCGUUGUGAGAAGCUUGAAGGACAGUUGGAGCAGAUGAAGAGGAUGUUGCCCAGGACAGAAAGCACCAGCUUGCCCAAUCAGGAGGUGAACUCAGAGGCUUUAACAGAGACACCUGGUACAGGUAGUCAGCAGCCUGAUGGACUGAGCGAGCAUGCUCAGUUGGAAAAGCUGGAAAAACUUGAGCAGGAAUAUCUCAGGCUGACUUGCACACAGAAAAAUGCAGAGAUGAAGAUCUGUGCAUUGGAAAGAAAGAUAAACGAAGAGGAGCACCAGAGAAGGCUCAUUCUGGAUAAAGCCAAUCAGCUACAGACAGGUAUGGAAGCCAACAGAAUGUUGCUGCAGUCCGUUUCUCCACGUUUAUCCAUCAGACAAUUCAAAGAGAAGAAAUCCAGCUCAAAGCAACCUUCUCCAAAAUACACAGAGCCUCAUUACAGACUGAGCCUAAGAGACAUACCAUUUGUCACCGGAACGUCGGUCGCCUGCAGCCACUCGGUCAGAGCCAACGUUCAGGCAGUCUUGUCCCUCCUGAAACGGCACCAGCCUCAUCUCUGCAACAAACGCGUCCUGUCUCGCGACGCAGAUCACUCUGAAACGAGCAGCCAGUCAGACGCUUCCUCCACGUCGUCGUCCACUUGCGGAGACGAGCUAUCGGAGCUGCUAGAAGCCCUGCAGGAGGAGCUGUGCCUCAUCAGUUUGGAGCACGGUGAGUUGAUUAAGCAAAUGGAAGGGAGCGCCUCUGAAGAGGAAAGGGGAGCGCUUCAGAGGGAGCAGGAGAGGCUACUGGUGAGAAUGGAGAGUAAAGAAGAACAGAUCAGUAAGCUCUGCAAGCAUAAAUUACAGAUAAAGAAGUUAAGAAAGAAGGUGAAGUCUGGGAAGAACAGUCGAACUGGAGAAAGACUUGCCACCAGAGGGCGCUCUGAAGCAUCAACUAAAGCUCAGCUAGUUGAGAGAAACAAGAAGAACCUGAUGCUUCUGAAAGAUAUGAGAGCUUUGCAAAACUCUUUACAGAUCUGAAACUCACUACAAUAUAUUCAUAACAUAAUCUGUUUAUUGUUUUUGGUGCUAUUCUUCUACCUCUGACUAUUAGUUCUUACCUGAAUCUGCCUCGUGCUGAAAACCUACUACACACAACAGGAAGAUUCACUGCUUUCAUCUUCUUUAUGACAUUAUUGGUACCUCGGCAGUCGGAUUUUCUGAGUUCUUACUUAGUAAUAGAACAAGGACAUCGACUAAAGUCAAAAGUCCAACAAGGAAAGUCCAAGAUCUUCAAGUAGCCGUCAGUUUAGUAUCUGAAGCGGCUGCCAUUCAUAUAGGAUAUCAUGAAAGGUGCCUGUUACCAAAUAAUUUAUGAUUUUUAAAUUACAUCCCUUAGUUUGGGCUAUGAUCAGGUUGUUCUUUUUAAAAUGUUUUAUUGAAACAGAAAUUGAAUAUUUCCAUUGAGCAUCUUAUUCAACUUUCCACGCUCUGACCAGCAGAGGGUGGAAAAGUGUAGCGACGCACUUCCAGAUUGAUUUUUGAUAUACAAGGUGAAGCAAACUAAGAGUGCUUUGAUUUUUUUAAAAUUUUCUUUAAACAGAGUAUAAGAUUGUAUUAUACAUAUGAUACAAUCUUGUAUGUAGGUAAGUAGUAUGUACGUACUACCUAUGUACACAUAUAUAUAUAUAAAUGUGUACAUAUAUAUGUGUACGUACACACACACACACACAUAUAUAUGUGUGUGUGUGUUUAUAUAUUUUUUAUAUAUAAAUAUAUAUAUACAGUUUCAGAUAUCAAAUAAAUACCAUUGCUCUUGUCUUCAAUUAAAUUCAUAAUUACUCAAAAUUUAUAAAGAAGAGCUGGACAUAUCGUCCUCACAUAUUAAAUAAAACUAUCAACAUCAGCUCUCAGAAGACAAGUAAUCAUUUUUAACUUUUUAUUAUACUUGGAGUACAGCUGUGGAAGACUUAUGAUAAUUUCUUCUAAGCAUGUAGUCCUUAGCAAAAGUAUUCCACUUGGAUUUUCUUCACAUUUUACAACCUGAUCAUGAUUUUAGGAUCAGUUAUUAUGCGAUAGACCAAAAAACAGUAAUUAGUAUACAGUAUACAUAAGAACCUGAAGGAAAUGAAAACCAUGUUUCCAUUUGCGCUGCUGUAAGUUUAAACCUUUUCACUUGAAUUAAUUUAUAUUUCAGAUUAAAAGGCGCUGAAUACAGAAGUGCGCCACACGUUUGAAUGUUUUUUCUGUAAGAUAUUUUGAAACCAAGACUCAUUUUUCUUUCAUUACACAAUUAUCUAUGUCAAUCUAUUUAAAUUCACCAAAAUUUGUUGUCAAAGCGCAAAAUGUGCUAAAUUUGAAGGGGAAUCAACUUUCGGUGAUCUGCUGAACUUUGGAGCAAAUGUAGCAGAUCACUGACUUUGCUCCAUUUACUCAGUCCAGUAGAACCAGCUGUAAACUGGUGUUUAACAGGUGCAACACUGAACUCUAUACAAGACACUAGUUUGCUCAUUCUGCUUUAGAGUUUGACAGUACAGCUUUACUUGUAACUCAUUCACUAGACAUCCCAAAAAAUAACUAUUUCCACUUGGGGAAAACGUUUACUUUUGUGCCAGUGUUAAUUUUGAUUGUGUUUCAUUUUGAACAAUUAACUCUGUGCAUUUAAUAAAAAUUAAAACAUGCUAGCGAAUAUUUAUCUCAUUGCUGUGUAAAAGAGUUCACAAGAGGACACAGCUAGAUUUUGUUCAUGCAAAAGUUGACUACAUAAUUACAUAAACCACGUUGCUGCUUAUCAGGCAGUAAAAGCUGAUGUUUCAUGUGUCAGUUUUAGAUUUUAAUGAGGAUGAUGUGUGGUUGUGAGAUAUUGGGUAACGUUGCUAAAUAAAACCUCCUGAAUGCGGA